AUGAAAGGCACGCCAAGUUUAAAUUACGCUCCCUGGCUUAAGAACCUUCAUCCCCCAUUGCCCCGGACUCCUCGGCAGUCGCAACAACUCCUCAAUGCCCUCACAUCCUCCUUUCGACGUCAACUUGAUCGCGAAUAUCCAUCCAACCGUACCCCUACUCUCGAUAAAGAUGAGGUCUCUGAGGAUCAUCCGCCGAAGAAUCCCGAGUCCUCCAGCUAUGCGACGGAUAAACAUCUCCAAUCAAUCUUAGACAAUCCGCUGUUCCGAGUGAAACCCCGCAAGGAGGUCAAGGCCAAGGAUCCGAGUCAAGACGCAAGACUGGCAAAAGAGCCCAUGGUGGUAUUCGAAGAGUUGGCGGCCGCAGGCAAUGUCACUUCCGCUGCUUUGAGCAAUUGCCUGGUGUCUCAGUUACUCCUCCUGAGUGGCAAGAAGUCGGGCGAUGACUUUGUCAAGGCAAUGAGGGAUUCCAGGACCGCAUCAAGAAUUGCCAGUUGGUGGUCUGCCUCCGACCCGCAGUCUCGACGAUUAUUGUUCCUUCCGCAAAUAACACCUCUCAUUACCAAGUUUCUGGUGGCCGAAAAUAUGCAGAACGUAGCUUCGAAUUGGUUAAAGUUGCUAGCACAGCAGGACGCCCUUGGAGGCGAGGUGUUCCGACUCAAAAAGAAAGACGCGCGGAUAUGGUUCGGUGGGCUUCUGAACGACCUCGUGCUUGCUGAGGCUCGGUACGGGGGUGGAAUAGAGUCCGCAAUGCGACUUUACGUUUCCGCCGGUAGCAUCACAACUCUUGAUCAGACUUCGAUAAUCGAUGACGAGUUCUGGAAGGCAACCCUCCUUUCUGCUGGAGGCCAUCUGGGUCAACAAAUCAUACAGAAUGAACCGGAACAUGCCGGUGGCGUGGAGCCAAACCUCUAUGAGAACUAUGUACACAUCAUCAACACCGUGGCUGCCAAUUCGUUGCUUCAUGCCUGUAUGUGUAUGCAUCAUCCCACGCAGCCGGAUGGUAGGCCCUACGUCCUCUAUGUUCAAGCGCUCCCACAGGAUCGGACCGCGUCAUGGUCCAAGGUUAGAAGGGAGCAUUUCAUGCGUGCUGGCUUCACAGCCCUUCGCAUCCUGCUUGAUCAAAAUAGGACUGUGCAUGCUACUUGGCUGGCAAAGUACAUGCAGAAGACGAUAUCACAGCAUCUCGAC